CGUUUUGACGAUGUAGUAUAUAAACGCUUGCUGAACAUAGGGAUAUAUCUUGAUAAAUUCAAUAUGGAAGGUUUAUUAAGUUUAGCCAACAUUCCCGUGUUGUUGAUAUUCUUAACAGUUUUCUUGAUUUGUUACCUAUAUUUACAAAGGAGAUCGAACUUCCCACCUGGGCCCCCGGGCUUGCCAAUCUUAGGCAACCUGCUUUGGUCGAAAGGACUAAAAAAGAAAGGGAUUAAACAAUACCAAGCGUUGUUUGAGGCAAGCAGAACGUAUGGCGAUAUAGUAUCAAUUACGGUCUUGGGUCAGAGGUUCGUAUACCUACAUGGAUAUGAAACAAUUCGUGAGGCCUUCGUGAAGAAUGGGGAUGUAUUCAGUAACCGACCUAGCUGGCUUAAGGGACUUAAAGAGGAAAUCAAGGAAGGAAAAGGUGUUGUAUGGCAAAGCGGGAAUGCCUGGAAAGUUUUGCGGAAGUUUGUUCUGCAGACACUUAGAGAAUUUGGCGUUGGGAAGACAUCUUUAGAACAAAAAAUCAUGCGCGAGGUUGACGCUGCUAUUGACGUUCUCUACGCCACCAAAGGAAAGCCGUCAGACGUGCGACUGCUUACGUCAAUGAUGAUCAGCAAUGUUAUUUAUGGAAUCGUUUUUGCAAAAAGGUUUCACUACAAAGAUGAAAAGUUACAAGAAAUAAUCGAAAACCUGGAUAAGAUAUUCCAGGGAGGUGGUGCAUUGUCGCUUGAAGGGAUGCUGCCAAACUUUCUUCUUAAGCUUUUAAACAAAGAGGCUUACGACAGAGUGCAGAAUCGCCUGCGUACAAUAACAUGGAUAAAAGAACAUAUUUACGGCGAGAUAAGCAACCAUGAGAGCACGUUUGACAACGAGAACAUACGAGAUUUCAUAGAUUUGUAUCUGCAAGCAAAGAUUCAACACUCUGACGAAACUAUUUUCAACAAGGGAAACAUGUUUCGUGUGAUCAUGGAACUAUUUGUAGCAGGAUCUGAAACAACGUCAAAUACAAUCAACUGGUGUAUACUUUAUAUGCAAGAGUAUCCGGAUAUACAGAAAAAAUGUCAGGACGAAAUAUUUGAGAAAUGUGGUGACAAGGUUGUAACAUGGGCAGAGAGAGGUUCCUUGCCGUAUAUAGAAGCAACACUGCUUGAAAUACAAAGAAUGGCAAAUAUAGCACCAGUGUCAGUACCACACACAUCCGAUGUUGAUGUUACUCUCGGAGGGUACUUUAUACCGCGGAGGACUCUGAUUAUUGCCAAUUUAUACUCAUCCAAUAUGGAUCCGCGUCACUGGGACCAGCCAGAAAUCUUCAAUCCUGAGAGGUUUAUAGAAGGCGGGAAACUGAAGAAAAAUCCAGCACUGAUCCCGUUUUCAAUAGGUCCACGGAUAUGUUUAGGAGAAUCUUUGGCCAGAAUGGAAAUGUUUUUGAUCUUCACAAAUCUGCUACAGAGAUUUACCUUCUGUAGAGAAGACGAUAACGUCAAACACACCUUCGAGAAUAUUUUAGACCAAACAACAAAUGCUCCGAAACCGUACAAAACCCGUGCUGUUAAGCGAGCUUAGAUCAUCCAUUCUCCACGCAGCGAUUAUUUCCCCUUACGGUACAUAAAUGAACGCAAGGGAAGCAACCGCUGUGGGGUGCUUGUAGAUUAUCGUGUAGAAGAACUGGUGAAAAUAAUCAUAAUUUCUUGCGAUCAUAAAUUUUGGCAAGUAUUAGACUAAGUGAAAUACCUUAUAUAUAUAUAUAUAUAUAUAUAUAUAUACACACACAGAGAAACAUUAAACAUGAACUUGCACGUGCGCUUCCAUUAGAAACUGUGAGACGUCGUGUUAAGAAAGGAAAAUGCUCUGUUUUCAUUUAUUAAAUACUCUUAUGGUUUUGUGGACGAAGAAGGCACAAAAAAGUUGACUAAAAAAUAAUCAGUCUUGCAAUAGAAAGUAUUGGUCUAGUUACAUCGUAAAUCAUUAAACUAUGAGCCAAUUAUAUUUAGAUCAAUAACUCAGUGAAAUAAACAUUAUCCAGCCGGUCACUUUGGGUUUUUAUAAACCAAUAACCUCAUAUGUGCUCGCGGAUUUUGCUUAACUCUGUGUGUGCUUGCUUUCGAUAUUGUAUAUUAUUACUAUGAAUUACUGCUGCUAUAUGCUUGAUUGCUUUGUUUUAGUGUGCUUUUUGAUGCAUGAACAUUUACCUGUCUUAACUUGCUUUUUACCUAAUCUUAAAGUUGUGAACAUGCUAGUUACUGAAAAUUUAUUCUUUUAGAAUUCUUAUAAAUCUUUUAAUUCUUCUUACGCCGAGCGGCUAUUCUUAAGCUCACUUAGUAUGUAUGUCUUCUUUUGUUUUUAUAAAAACUGAGUCCUUAAAUAUCUUACUCCUAUAUAUAGAUAUAUGUAUGUAUGUAUUAGGAAUGAUGAAUGUUGUAAAUUGUUUUUACUUAAUAAUUUAUGUAUUUAUCAUCUCUUACAGCUCUUUCUACUUUUUAUGUUGAUAAUGUUUACCUUUGACAUUCAUAAUCGGUUGUAAAAGCUCAUAAGAGCUUAUGUUUAUAUGUUGCUGUCUUGCCGACUCAAAAUAAAUCUUAUCUUAUCUUAUCUUUAUACCAAAUAAUCUCUAUGAAAAGUAUAACUAUGUCUCUAUCAGACACACGCUGUCAGUGUUACUCUCGAUUUUAAAAUACUUAAAUGGAGUUUGGGUGAAUAACACUAAGAAACGUAUCACUCUCAGUUGAAAACUUGGAUUCAGACUCCUCGCUCAAGUAUUAUCCGAGAAUACUAUGCCCUCAAAAAGUUUGGAGGCAUGUAGGAAUAACCUUAAAUACUGUUGAAAAAUAAAAUAUAAUGAAGUU